UAACAGCAGCUAUGAUCCAAACAUACAUGUGCCAGAGCUACUCUCAAAUCAGCCAUACAUGAGUUAUCUCAGUGUAGGCUGUUUCUACAGCAUGAUCUAUGUAUAAAACAACACUGAGGCUCUGCCUUUAACAGCACUGCUGUGUUGUUCUUCUUCUCCAGUCCGGCCUGACGUGAGUGUGAUUAAGAGGAAGGCUCCUCGCUCUGCAGGAAUGGAGGUGCUCUGUCACUUGAAAGGGUUCUACCCGCGAGAGGUGGAUGUUUCCUGGGUGAGAGACGGGGAGACAGUGCUGGAGGAGCGGGUGUGGACCGGGGAGGUUCUCGCCAACAGGGACGGGACCUACCAGCUGAGAAAGACCCUGGCAGUGAGUGCUGAGGACCAGGAGAAACACAGCUGCUCCUGUGAGGUGGACUACAGCAGCCUGGAGGAAACGAUGAAGAAAUGGGUCUGGCCUGAAGUGAGUGUGAUUCAGAGGAAGGCUCCUCGCUCUGCAGGAAUGGAGGUGCUCUGUCACUUGAAAGGGUUCUACCCGCGAGAGGUGGAUGUUUCCUGGGUGAGAGACGGGGAGACGGUGCUGGAGGAGGGGGUGUGGAGUGGGGAGGUGCUCCCCAAUGGGAACGGGACCUAACAGCUGAGAAAAACCCUGACAGUGAGCGCUGAGGACCGGGAGAAACACAGCUACUCCUGCCAGGUGGGUCACAGCAGCCUGGAGGAGAAGAUGAAGAAAUGGGUUCCUCAGGCUGCUCGGCACACAUGGCUUGUUGCUGUUGGUGUUCCGGCUGCUGCUCUGGUUCUGAUCGUUGUCUUUAUCGGUGUCGUCACCUGGAAGAAGAGAACAGCAGGAGUCCCAUUCUCCUCCUGCUCCGCACCGCUCCCCCAGGAGGAUGAACAGGACUCUACAGCCGCCAUGCCCCUGUCUUCCACAGCCGGGGCAGCUGAGGGGCAAGCUGAGGGCCAGGAGAGCUUGACUGGAGCUCCACCCUCACUGUGCUAGCAGGGUUGGUAGAGAUGCUUGGCUUUCAACAGCAAAGUCAUUUAUUUUUACUUGGAUUGUGUUUUAUUGUUCUUGUUUUCAGUGUCAGUCAAUUCCCAGCUCCUGUCAGACACAUCUUGAAAGAAAAGUGUGAUGUGCUGUUUGUAAAUAAACAAUGUGACAUAAGUAGUGAGGCAGGAGGGAGCAGAGGAAGCAAGCGGAUGGCUAUGCUUGCUACUUUUCUUGGUUUGCUGUUUUGUGUUUUGUGAAUCUUCUGGUCCAGUGAAGGCAUCGCCCAGUC